CUUUUCCCCGUCUUCUCCAGCCAAUACGCUCAGCCUCCUGCCAUGCAUCAGGCUCCACAAGCCCCGCCUCCGCAGCAGUACCAGCCAAUCCCGCAGCAGUACCAGCAGCAGUACCAGCAGCCAAUCCCGCAGCAGUACCAGCAGCCAAUCCAGCAGCAGUACCAGCAGCCAAUCCAGCAGCAGUACCAGCAGCCAAUCCAGCAGCAGUACCAGCAGCCCCCCACGCAGCAGGCCCCGCCCACCCAGCAGAGCUCCAUCCAGGUCCCUCUUGGCUCCGCCCCCCCCAAGGUGGUCAGCACCGCCUGCAUCUACCCCUCCCAGCCAGCCUCCGCCCCCCCGGCUGCCGCCCCCCCGGCUGCCGCCCCCCCGGCGCCGGCCCCCCCUGGCCCCGCCUCCUCCAACCGCCCCCCCUGGGUGUCCGACACCAACUUCGCCGACAAGUUCGACCCCAGUAAGACGACCACGGGCACCGUGAAGGUGCAGCCGCUGCCCCAGGGCGCCCCCCCUCCCCCGGCCUUCAUCCCCAACCCCUCCCCCGCUGCACCCGCCACUCCAAGCCCCGCCCCCGCCACACCAAGCCCCGCCCCCUUCGCGCCCGUGGCAAGGGGCGUGGCCCAACGGGCGGAGCGGUUCGCAGCCAGCAGCCGCACGCCUCUGUGCGGGUCCUGCAACAGCGUCAUCAGGGGCCCCUUCCUGGUGGCCCUGGGCCGGUCCUGGCACCCCGAGGAGUUCAACUGCCACUACUGCCACAUGUCCCUGGCGGACGUCAGCUUCGUGGAGGAGCAGAACAGCGUCUACUGCGAGAACUGCUACGAGGAGUUCUUCGCCCCGACCUGCGCACGCUGCAACACCAAGAUCAUGGGGGUGAGACGCCAAAAACCACCACGUAGAUGA